AUGACUUCCGAUGACAUUCAAAAGGAGCUUGCGACGUGUUGUGCACAUGAAGUUACCAAGGUGAUUAUGGAAGAGCUUGAUGAUAGACAAUUCUCCGUGCUUAUUGAUGAGUCACGUGAUAUAUCCGUCAAAGAGCAAAUGGCGGUGAUGUUGAUGUUUUUGAACGACAAAGGGCGUGUUGUCGAACGAUUUAUUGCUCUACAUCAUGAUAAAGAUACUACAUCUGAGUCAUUAAAGGAUGCUUUUUAUGGUAUUCUUGAUAAGUAUACGUUAUCUGUUUCAAGGAUACGAGGGCAAGGAUAUGAUGGAGCUUCAAAUAUGAGAGGUGAAUUUAAUGGUUUGCAAAGAAAGAUUCUAGAUGAAAAUCGUUAUGCUUUCUAUGUCCAUUGUUAUGCUCACCGUUUGCAAUUGGUUGUUGUGUCUGUUGCUAGUAGUUGUUCAUCUAUUCAUGAUUUCUUUGAGUAUAUCUCUUUGAUUGUGACCACAACAAGUGCAUCUUGUAAGAGGAGGGAUGCUUUGACGGAGGCACAACACCAAGAUAUUUUAAAUAAACUUGAGAGUGAUGAGAUAUCUAUAGGAAGGGGGUUGCACCAAUCACAUAGUCUCACUAGACCCGGGGAUACUAGAUGGGGUUCACAUCAUACUACAUUGAUUCGUUUAGAUCAAAUGUGGUCCUCCGUGUUAAAAGUGCUUAGUAUGGUUGAUGAAGAUGGACGUGGACCAUCUCAAGCAGCGGUUGGUGAUGUCAAAGCUCGGUUGGCCACAAUGAGAGAGAGUGGUUGGGAUAGUUUAUUUUCCGAUGUUCAAGAAUUUUGUGUUUCUAGAGGUAUUCCAGUUCUAAAUAUGGAUGACGAAAUACCGGUUCGGGGUCGUUCAAGGGUAGAAGGGAGGACUAUCGCUAAUCUUCAUCAUUACCGUGCAGAGAUUUUUUAUGUUGCUAUUGACAAAAUAUGUGUGGAGAUGGAUCACCGCAUUAGUGAAGGAAGUAACAUUAUCCUUGAUUGUUUCUCAUGUCUUGAUCCCAAGAACUCUUUCUCCAAGUUUAAUGUUGAUAAGGUUGCUCGUCUUGCUGAUAUUUAUCAUGAAGACUUUUUUAAUGAUGAUCGCAGAACAAUAAGGGAUCAACUUGACACUUAUGUUCUUCAAAUGGUUCAAACUGAGAAACAUUUGGUAUUUCCAUUGGUUUACAAACUUAUUGAGUUAGCUUUGAUAUUGUCGGUGUCUACAACAUCGGUUGAAAGAGCUUUUUCAGCAAUGAAUAUUAUCAAGUCUAAAUUGCGCAAUAAGAACAAUGAUGUGUGGUUCAAUGACUUUAUGGCUUUAUAG